UAGAUAGCAUUAAGCUUGUAGGUAUGGAUAAAUCCAAAGUGAGCUCGAGCAUGGUUCAUAUCGAGAGCAGCAGCUGCGUGUUUGAUGUGGAUGCAAAGAAUGGGUCAUUGCACUCUAGUCCUGUGUACGUCGAAGGAUACUGGAUCCAUCAAUUUCUUGAUCGGAUGACGUUAUUUUCAUAGACAGAUGCCUCUUAUUUAGCUUAUUUACAUACCAUGUUUAUGACGAUUUCUCUCAAGGCAUUUAUCUAUCAUCAUUUGUAUGCAUUGGAUGAAUUCCAGCUGGAAAAUAUUAAAAGCAGCCAUCACACCCAAAAGGGGUACACAUCCGAUAAUAAUUCUGAAGCAGGUAGCAGUACGGUCAGUAGCAGCAGUACGACGCUCAGCAGGAAAUGGAGCCAGCGACUGCUCAGUUACUUGAAGAAACAUGAGGAUCAAGAAGAUGAAGAUUAUUCAGAGGACAAUCAAGAGACCGUUACACCGCAUCGUCUGAUGCAGGAGCAGCAAUCAACUUUGCCACUUGCAGACCUGUUUCAUCAACGCCCAAGGCGAAAUAGCGUGUCGACAAUUUAUAGUAUGAGUAGCUGUGGCAGUAAUCAUAGUGGUAUAUCAGAUCGUAAUUUGCUUCAUCAAGAACUUACCGCAGAUGAUCAUGCGUUAUUUGAGGGGGAUGAGGAAGAGGAAGAGGAAGAGGAAAAUGGUAUAGAGGAGUAUUCACAUGGGAGAAAACAGGAACAAGUAGGUCCAGAUGGAGUAUCUUUGAUUGAACGAAGGGGAAGAAGAUUUCUUCAAGAGAAACUUAGGGUCUAUGGUGAUGAUCAAACAAUCGUUGUAUAUUUAGCGACUAGUUUAUUAUAAAAUCUUGCCGCCCCCUCCUUUAUUACUAUUUUAAUAUUUUAUCCUA